AUGUCUGACUUUUAUAGGUACGCCCCAACAGUCGAUGCUGUGCUGAUAAGUCAUCUAGACAUGAACCAUCUGGGUGCACUGCCCUACGCCUUUGGACAUCUUGGACUGGACUGUCCUGUGUAUAUGACGUUGCCUGUGAAUCAGAUGGGACAAUUAGUCAUGUAUGAUAUAUUCCAGUCGUACUACAACCAGGAAGAAUUCGAUAAAUUCACACUCGAACAUGUGGAUCUUGUUUUCAAUGACAAGAUUGUGCAACUGAAACACAAGCAGCUACACAACUGCACAGGAAAGGGUGAAGGUAUCUCAUUUCUCGGUUACAACUCUGGACACACACUCGGGGGCACGAUUUGGAAGAUCACCAAGGACCAGGAGGACUAUGUCUACGCGGUCGACUACAACCACAAGAAAGAACGGCACCUGAAUGGCUGCGAACUCUUUCACAUCACACGGCCGUCACUACUCAUAACCGAUAGCAACAAUGCGCUAAUCACUCAGGCCGCGACGCGGAAGGACACGGAACGGGACAUUGUGGAUUCUAUCCUCUCCACUGUUCGCAAGGAUGGGAAUGUGUUGUUUCCGGUCGAUACAGCGUCGCGUGUGCUGGAGUUGGCGCUGCUGUUGGACGAGGUGUGGCAAGUGCGCAGUCUGCAGUCGUACAGACUGGUGUGGCUGAAUGUGUUUGCAGAGAAUGUGUGUGUGUACGCAAAGUCCACGCUGUCGUGGAUGUCGGAUGCCAUGCACAAACAAACUAUGAACAGCAAAACAAAUCCCUUUCAAUUCAAGAAUGUUAAGAUUGUGUACUCGAUAGACGAACUUCAUGAGCUCAAUAGCUCGAGUAGUACCCCCAUGGUAGUGUUGAGUACGCUGCCGGGUCUUACUGCGGGAUUGUCUCGCGAUUUAUUUUUAGAAUGGGCCGAAGAGCCCAAGAAUGCGGUGGUGUACACAUCGAGACCGGCGCCUGAUACAAUUAGUCACCAAAUGCUCAAGAACGGUAUUAGAGAGCUCGAUCUAAACGUUAAAAAAAGAAUACCACUAGAGGGUACAGAAUUAGAAGAAUUCUUGGGGAAGCGAAGGAAAGAAAGGCAAGAGAAGCAACGAUUAGAACAGGAGGCGAAGCAACUGGCCAAAGCCAUGGGCUCUGAUGACAGUGACGACGAUAGCGAUGGAGAUGAAGUAACAUCUGCUAUACACAUGGUCAAUGUCAACACGUCGGAGGGCAGGAAGGGCGGCUCUGUAGCGGUGAAGGUUGUCAAGCACGACAUCCCCAUGACCACCAGUCACAAGACCAACUUCUUCAAGCAAGCAUCUGUGAAGUUUCCAAUGUUUCCAGCAAUCGAAACAAAGAUGAAGAUGGAUGACUACGGUAUGGUGUUGAGGCCGGACGAGUUUCUGGUCAUCAACGAUCCGACCAUGGGCGCGGUGGCUGCGGCAGCUGCAGGUGGAAUCGGAGGUUUGAUCGGAGACAUUGAGGCGGACCCAUCGGGAGUGAUGCCAAUGGACGAGGAUAAGACGGCUGACGAAGAGGCUGCCAAUAUGGAAGAGAUGGAAGACAGGGAAAAGGCCACAAAGUACAUAGUGGAAGAUCUGCACUUGUCUGUGAAGUGCAAAAUCAAGUUCAUAGACUUCGAGGGCUUGUCUGAUAUGACAUCCAUGUCAACAAUCCUACAGCAGAUGGCACCCAGACAGACAGUGCUCGUGCAUGGCACAGAAAAGGCCACCCGUGUGAUGUCGAAGGAGUUAUCGAGCCUCAAAGAUUUCGGAAAGGUGGUUAUACCAUUGCUAGGAGAGGUGUCGAAUGUCACAUCAGACUUGAACAUUUACCAAGUGCGCCUAGCCGACUCGUUAGCGUCGUCGCUAUCUAUGCAAACGUAUUUGUUUGGUGAGAACACGUAUGAGCUGAGUUGGUUCCAAGGGAAGCUCAGAUUGCCCGCAACUGCCCCUGCAGCUGGCAAGCGAACCAUACUACCGGUGCUGGAUCCCGUGGCCAAGAAGGACAAUCAAGGACACCGCCCGGUGUUUGUCGGUGAAUUAGUAAUGCCUCGUAUCAGGAAAGCGCUGAAUGGGGCAGAUAUAAAGACGGAAUUCAUAGGUGGUGUGCUGGUAUGCGAUGAAAUCAUAGCCGUACGCAAAGGCGCUGACGGCGUAGUGGCUCUGGAGGGUCCGCUGUGUGAAACAUACUACAAGGUGCGCUCGAUAGUAUACGGACAGUAUGCUAUUGUGUAG